AUGACAGACGAAAAAACCAAUGUCAGAGUUCCUGGUACCAUCCACUUGGUUGACCUUGAAGGUACUAUGGACGUGAGACACGAAGAAGGAGAUGAUAUUGUCCUUGUUCCUCAACCCACAGACGACCCUGAAGACCCAUUGAAUUGGAGCAAGUGGAGAAAAAAGAGAUUGGCACUUUGUUUGAUGUUGGCGGUGUUUUCCGCCGAUAUUUUAAGCACAGCCUUGUCGGCGGUGCUCUUGGAUAUUGUGGCUGACACAGGUAUAUCUUUGGGAGAUUUGAACACUGGAGUUGGUAUCCAAUAUUUGUUCUUUGGAUGGUCGUGUUUGUUGUGGCAGCCCUUGGGUCUAACAUUUGGAAGAAGACCAGUUAUAAUUUUUUGUGGUUUGGCAUGUAUGCUUUGUACCGUUUGGUCAGCCUAUGUCAAGUCUGCCGGCGAAUGGUAUGUCAACAGGUUGUUGGUUGGGUUUUUCUAUGGUCCAGUUGAAACUUUGGUUGAAGUUUGUAUUUCAGACGUUUUCUUUGCCCACGAAAGAGGAGGCUGGAUCGCAUGGUACUGCUUUACACUUUUCAACAUACCUUUCAUCUCAGGUAUCGUCGCUGGGUUCAUUUCCGACAGGUAUGGAUGGCAGUGGAUUCAAUUCAUUGCAUCUAUAAUUGCUUCAGGAUGUCUUAUCAUAUUGUUCUUCUGCUUGGAAGAAACAAUGUACUAUCGUGAUCCAAAAUUGGAAUUGGACGGUGAGGAUAUUCCUGAAAGAAUUGCCAGCCAUGAAGGUUCGACUGACAAGAAUAACACAGAAGUGCAAAUUGAAAAAGUCGGUAGUACCGAUAGUUCUCCGACGAGACCACAAGCCAAAACCUAUGUUCAAAAGUUAAAGAUGUGGGGAGCCAGAAAUCCAGAUCAACCUACUUUAUUCUGGCAAUCGAUGUGGAUCCCAUUUUACCUUUUGCGGUACCCAAGUAUUGUGUUUGCUGGGUUUACAGUAGGUGCUGUGUUAUCGUGGUUUAACGUUGUCAAUGCUACCAUUGCCUCGGUCUUGUCUUCACCUCCUUACAAUUUUAAAGCCAACAUGAUUGGAGUUUUCUUUGCUUCACCUGCCAUUGGUAUUUCGUUUGGAUUGUUUUUUGCAGGCAAAAUCGUCGAUAAUUUUACCGUCAAGAUGGCUCGUUCUGGUAAAGGUUACCGUGAACCUGAGUUCCGGUUAUGGUUGUCGUUAAUUCCUAUGGUAAUUCAUCCAUUUGGCUGCUUGUUGUAUGGAAUUGGAGCUGGCCAGGGUAUACAUUGGGUUGGACUCGCCUUUGGCUUGGGAAUGAUAUGCUCAACAUUCCCAAUAGGAAGUGCUAUUGCUAUCAACUACAUCAUUGAUUGUUACAAGGAUGUAAGUGGAGAUGGCUUGGUGACGAUGAUUUUAAUUCGUAACACGAUGGGUUUUGGCUUCUCGUAUGCGGUGACACCCUGGUUACUUGCUGUUGGAACCCAGAAUCUUUAUAUCUCCAUUGCGUGCAUUGGAGCUUUUUUUUGGGCGCUUUCAUUUGUGAUGAUUAUGUUUGGUAAGAGAAUGAGAAGAUGGAGUGCUAGCAGCUACUGGAAGUUGGUUGAGACUUAUGGCUUUAGAGCACAUUGA